UAAUAAGAGUUGGAUUGAACGUUACCGCAAAAUGCGAUGGACUUGGUUGUGGUCUGGUGGAUGUAAAUUAACUACUCACUUGGGAAAUCCAGUCUGCAGAAUCAUGUGGCAGAUUACAUUUAAAGCCGUGUAUAAUGGCAACUUUCAGAGACAGAUGGAUUAAAAGUGCUUUCCAAGCGACAAAUAUGCGCGAGGAGAUUUCAAUGAAAAAGGGGUUUCAUGUCCCACCUUUGACUGGUGCCACAGCGAAAGUGAGCAAGAAAAAGAGGAAACAGAAAAAGAAAUCGAGCAGUGGAAUUAACCAAUCAAAGGAUUCAGAGAAACACCAGAUGGAACAGUGGACCAAUGAAGAGAUGAGUGAUGUUCAGAACAAAGGCCGUGCCAAAGCAAAAGAUCAAAAGAACUGUAAAUCCCAAAAUCCCAAGGUCAUCUCAGAAGAAGCCCCAGCUCCAACAGUGGAAGACAAAUCAGACGAGACCAACCAAGGACAGGAUAGCUUGAGGUGGGAAGGAGUUCUCGAGGAUCCUGUUGCAGAGGCCCAACGGUUGGAGGUAUAUAGAGCCAACCGCCAUAAACGUUAUAUGGCAUCAAGACAGGUUUUUCUACAAAACAUUAGUUCCUCUAAAUUAAAUGCAUGA